UUACCGCGGGCGGUGAUUCUUUUAUUUGAACUGAGUCGUACCAAUCCAGGAUCCAGGGAAGAGCUCGAUGAAUAAAUAACUUAUGACAUGUUUAUUCUUUAGCGACAUCUCGUCCGGACGGUUUGAUUUUCUCGGUUGCAGCAGUGACAUGAACUCCGUCGUGUGUAUUUAUCUAUGGAAGCACUUUGUGACCGUGUUGAAAUAAGUGCGAUACAAGUAAAGAUAUUCUUUUCACUGUUUCCUGGUUUGUGUUCAGGUUAGAAACGGAGUCGGGACAAACACUGGACCAGUCGACUGCGAUGCCUUCAAACAAGUACCCUGCUGCUAACAUGGAGGAGAGCAACAACAUGGCUGCUACUGCGGCGGUGAACGGAGCCACGCCUCCAGCUGAAGGCCUGUCGGAGAACGACAGCGGCGUGGAGCUGACCAAUGAGAACAGCCCCCUGACUGCGGCCGAACCGCCGUCCCCCUUCAGCCCCAAACAGAACGGAGAUGCAGCCUCACCUCAAGAUGACAACCAGUGUUCGAGAGGAAACAGGAAAAGAAGCAAGAAGAGCUCAGAGGAUGAGGAAACUACCUGGGACUCCUACAGCGACGAAAAGGCCUCGGGACCGUCUCAGUUGGGUUUGAGACAAACACCUCGACCCAGAACCAUCUUUCAGGCCGGUCUGACGCCGCACUCACACACCAAGGGUCGCAGACCGAACCGUAAACAGGACCACAUCUUGUCACUGUGUGCGGUUGGUUCUCGGGUGGUGGCGGUCGUGUCCGGCGAAGUCCACGAGGCCCCUCGUCUGGACCUGAUGGAACAAGACUCCAAAGACUCGGCUCAGAGCAGCAGCACCAUGUCCAGCUCUGAAGCGCAGCCGGAGUACAAUGACAACAAGGGCUUUGGCAUCGGCGAGCUGGUGUGGGGGAAGAUUAAGGGAUUCUCCUGGUGGCCCGGCAUCGUGGUGACGUGGCGCGCUACCGGCAAGAGGCAGGCCAGCCACGGCAUGAGGUGGCUGCAGUGGUUUGGAGACGGCAAAUUCUCCGAGGUUUCUGCAGACAAACUGGACUCCAUCAUCGCCUUCCCCAAGUUCUUCAGCCAGGCGUCCUACACCAAGCUGGCCUCGUACCGCCGGGCCGUGUUCCAGGCCCUGGAGAUGGCCAGUAUUCGGGCGGAGAAGACGUUUCCUCCCUGUGAGUCUGACGGUCCAGAGGACCAGGUCAAACCCAUGCUGGACUGGGCCAACGGCGGCUUCCUGCCCAAAGGAGAGGAGGGACUCAAACCUACGCAAGGCGCCAACAGUAACCCUCUGGAUCACCAGGUGCUGGAUGUCUCUCUGCCGGAGUACUUCCCCAGCGCCAAGCGGCCCAGAGUCAGCCUCUGUAAGAACAAGGCUGCCCCCGAGGAGUCGUUCUGCAGAGAACAAAUGGUGAAUGAAGUUCUGAAGAAUAAUUGUAGUAUUGAAGAGUUCUGUCUCUCCUGUGGAAAGAGGAGAGCUGCAACUUUCCACCCCCUGUUUGAAGGAGGCCUGUGCCAAACAUGCAAGGAUGUGUACCUGGAGAUGUCCUACAUGUACGAUGACGAUGGCUACCAGUCGUACUGCACCGUCUGCUGCGGAGGGCGAGAGGUUCUGCUCUGCGGCAACGCCAACUGCUGCAGGUGUUUCUGCGUCGACUGCCUGGACAUCCUGGUCAGUCCCGGAGCAUCUAACAGCGCCCGCUACCUGGACCCCUGGAGAUGCUACAUGUGUCAGCCGCCGCUGCAGUACGGCAGCCUGAGGCGACGGGACGACUGGAGCCUCAAGCUGCAGGAGUUCUUUGCCAACGACAACGGACAGGAGUUUGAGCAACCAAAGAAUUACCCAGCAGUCCCUGCAGAGCAGAGACGACCAAUCAGAGUUCUCUCCCUGUUCGACGGCAUCGCCACUGGAUACCUGGUUCUGAGGGAUCUGGGUUUUAAGGUGGACCAGUACGUGGCGUCAGAGGUGUGCGAGGACUCCAUCUCAGUGGGCGUGGUCAGACAUGAAGGAAAGAUCCAGUACGUCCACGAUGUGAGGAACAUCUCCAAGAAAGAUAUUCUCGAGUGGGGUCCGUUUGACCUGGUGAUCGGAGGAAGUCCCUGCAACGACCUGUCCAUCGUCAAUCCUGCAAGGAAAGGCCUCUACGAGGGAACAGGGAGGUUGUUCUUUGAGUUCUACCGUCUGCUGAGCGAAGCCAAGCCCAAGGAAGGAGAGGACCGCCCCUUCUUCUGGAUGUUUGAGAAUGUGGUCGCCAUGGGCGUCAACGACAAGAGGGACAUCUCCCGGUUCCUGGAGUGUAACCCUGUGAUGAUUGAUGCGAUCGAUGUUUCUGCUGCUCACCGUGCUCGAUACUUCUGGGGAAACUUGCCAGGCAUGAACAGGCCUCUGUGUGCGUCGGGGAUGGACAAGCUGGAGCUGCAGGACUGUCUGGAUCACGGCCGAGUGGCAAAGUUUGGAAAAGUUCGAACCAUCACCACUCGUUCCAACUCCAUCAAACAGGGGAAAGACCAGCACUUCCCCGUCCUGAUGAACGGGAAGGAGGACAUCCUGUGGUGCACGGAGCUGGAGAGGAUCUUCGGUUUCCCUGUUCACUACACAGACGUGUCCAACAUGGGUCGCGGUGCCCGACAGAAGCUCCUGGGCCGGUCCUGGAGCGUCCCUGUCAUCAGGCAUCUGUUCGCACCGCUCAAAGAUUACUACGCCUGUGAAUAAACACCAGCCGUCUCCAGGAAACAGAGGCCACCUGUGAUCACAGUGUGAUACCGGCUUUCAGAAACAUCCUACUGUAAGGAACAGCAGAUUUAAACUCACUCUGUCAGCCUCUGAGUCGGGAGGGUUCUCAGAGUCGCUGGGAGAAUAGUGACAGCAGCUGUUAUAAUGCACUGUAGCCUUAAACACACACUAACACACAAACAGAAGAGGGGAGCCCCUUGGCUGUGGUUUGUCACCAUAUCCAGUGGGGGGGCUCAAAGGUCAAAGUGCAGCCGUCAUUAUCGUCUGCGAUGGAGGUCGGAAAGGAGCGUCGUGUCUGGGGGGGGUAAAAAGGGAAAGGACGACGCUCACUCCUUCCUUUCGUUAAGGAAACGAGGACUGCACAGUGAUUUAAUUAGAUUUCUUUAGAGGCAUUGUUUUUAAGUUGUCAACACUUCUUAGUUGUAGGAAAAUAGAAAACAAUUUAACACAACUUUUAAAGUGGCUCCAUAUCACAAAGUUUUAUCAACGCAACUUUUAAUCCGACUUGAACCAAAGUUAUUGGACGUCUUUGAACGUCUCCUGCUGUUUCACUAGUCUCAGCAUUAUUAACACUAUUUUAAAUAUGAUCCGGCAGUUUCACCAAAACUACAUAUCCCAUAAGUCUUAGCCACAGAAAUACUGUGAAAGAGGAAAAACAACUUUUAUUAAAGGUUUUAUGAACAUGUUUUUGUAUAGAUGGUGUGAAACUUUGAGUUGUCACGGCGACGUCUCCCUGAGAGCGACACACAAAUACUUGAAACAAAGCCAACGCAAAAACAGAUGUGGAGGAGGGUUUUGUCUUUUAUCAACCGUUGCAAACAGCUGAGAAACUAAGAGCGGUUAUGUUUAUUCGACUGUAGAUGUUUGAUUAUUGUUUUAUUGAUAAAAGUAGCUUCAGUUCACUGUGAUCGCUGGAUGCCAGCGUCUCCUCGCGUGGGGAAGAAAUGAGUCCGUCACUUUAGUUAAAACCUUUUACAGGAAAUCAAAAAAAAAAUAAGAUGGACACAAUAUUUUUGUUAACUAGCACUGACUACUUUUUCUUUUAUAGAAGUUUCUCAGUUUCAAAAAGACUCUAAAGAUUUAGAGGACUGCCAUGAAAAUCAUUUAGAAGAUGCUUUACUGAGGUCUGUGGUGCACAUGCUUCUGAAUACGGUAUGUUUAAAUCAUGCCACGUAAUUAUCACCCUCAUCCGUUUCCAGAAGAAACACCAAACCCUUUUAUUAUCUACUAAGGAUCCAGGAUCAGUUUGUGUUGCGUUGACUGGUGCAUGUUGCUCAGGCUGAACGCUUCAGCUUCAGGGUGUUGACCAGAAACCUACUGUGACCUCACUCACUGAAACGUGGCGUCUACCUUUCAAAUAUUGAGGUUGUUUUGAAAACUGGAAGAUUUUUUUCUAUUGUCACCAAAUUAAAGUAAACGGGCAUUACCUCAGACACAGGGGACAUCUGUGCAUCACUCGUCCUAGUGUCUCUGUUCUGUGAAUACAUGUUCUGCUCCCUUAUGACCUGUGUGUAUAUAGAACUAUGUUUAGCUUGUUAUCACUGGAACGGUUUUUUACAUCGUGUUUUGUUUACUGUAUCAUAGAAAGGUUUACAAGUUUGACCAAGAACUAGUUAUUUCGUUUUUUCUUUUACAAAAAAAAUGCACAAGUUUUUGCAAAUAACUGUUUUGCUGUUUGAGUGGCGUCUGACUCCUCUGGUGCUCAGAGCCACAGGAACCUUUUUACUUUCAAGUCUGAUUUUACAGUUGUUAAAAACUAAAAGAAACUGUUUACAUGCUUCGUUAACACUGAUGAUUCUGUUGAAUGUUUAAUGAAACCAGUACACAAUAGUUUUUCUCUUUUGUAACUGUGCUCUUUUAAGACUUUAUGUAUAUUAGGAAGAUAGUUUAUAUUAACACCGUACAAAGCUUGCUUGAAAUUUCUUAUAUUCUAACACGAAAUAGAACAUUAAUCACUAGCUGUUUGUUAUUUAGAUGUAAACCAUUUGCGUGUGUAAUUGCCUUCUGAGAACAGUUUCUACUUUUUUCUCUUUAGCUGUUUUGUGCUUUAUCUUUUAUCAGAAUCACAUCGGAGGAUUGUGUUUGUUUUUAGUUUUGUUAUUUUACUUUUUAUGAAUCUAAAGUGCAAAAGCAUUUGAAAAGAUCGGAUUCUGUUAUUUUUAUACUUAAGGGAAAACCCUUGUUAUUUUUUUACAUUUGUGUAAUUCCUAUAGCAACAUGUAUAUAAUUCUACUCAAUAAAAAACAGCUUGCUGUUAAAAUCCA